AAAAAUUGAGUUGGUGGCGCCUGAUUCCUCGUGCUUACCUUCUCCCAAAAUUUUUAUUUGGUGCGACUAUUAGGUGUAACGGCCCAUUUGAAAACCGUCACCCCUACUUUAUUAUGUCGUUAUUAAAAAAAGGUGGAAACGUUUGUCCAUUUGGCCGUGAAAUCAAGCAAAGAUCUUGCUACUGAUUUUCCCCCUCUCCCGGCGGUGAAAGGAAUAGGCCGAUGGCGGCGACGACUACUACCACUGCCGAUCCGGAGACCAAGAAGGUAGCUUGUGUGAUUGGCGGGACGGGGUUCGUGGCGUCUAGGCUCGUCAAGUUGUUGCUCGAGAAGGGUUAUGUUGUCCGAACCACUGUUAGAGAUCCCGAUAACAAGAAGAGAAUAUCACACCUUCUGCCGCUAAAAGAAUUGGGUGACCUGGAAAUUUUUGCUGCAGAUUUAACCGACGAGGAAAGUUUUGAUGUUCCGAUUGCGGGUUCCCACUUCGUUUUCCUGGUUGCGACUCCGGUUAAUUUUGCUUCUCAGGACCCAGAGAAUGAUAUGAUCAAGCCGGCGGUCCAAGGAGUGGAAAACGUCCUGAAAGCAUGCGUCAAAGCCAAAACGGUGAAAAGGGUCGUCCUAACUUCGUCGGCCGCCGCCGUCACGAUCAACAAGCUGAAGGAGACGGAUUUAGUCUUGAACGAGGAAAACUGGACCGACGUCGAGUUCCUAACUGCAGAAAAGCCUCCAACUUGGGGGUAUCCUGUUUCGAAGACACUUGCCGAGAGGGCAGCCUGGAAAUUUGCUGAAGAAAACAACAUUGAUCUGGUCACCGUCAUUCCUUCUCUCGUCGCCGGCCGUCCUCUGACGGUUGAUACUCCUAGCAGCAUUAAUCUGGCCGUCUCCUUACUCACAGGGAACGAGUUCCUCAUCAACGGGCUUCAGGGCAUGCAAAUGUUGUCGGGUUCCAUCUCGAUCACCCACGUCGAGGAUGUCUGUCGCGCCCAUGUCUUCGUCGCCGAGAAGGAAUCCGCCGCCGGCCGGUUCAUCUGCUGUGCUGCCAACACCAGCGUUGUCGAGCUGGCCCAUUUCCUCAAGGCCCGAUAUCCACAGUACAAUGUCCAUACAGAUCUUGAAGGUUUGGUGAUUUUCCGGAGAAGGCGAAGCUAAGAAUCUCGUCGGAGAAGCUGGUCGGAGAGGGAUUCAGUUUCCAGCAUGGAUUGGAAGAGAUCUACGAUGAAACCGUCGAGUACUUCAAAGGUAUAGGUGUUCUGAAGUGAGGCAAAGGCAGAAUGGGAGAUUGUGCGCGCUGUCGAGGAUGAUUAAGCGACAUCGGUUUGGGUUGAAUUUGAGACAAGAUGACAAUUAUUGUGUUAUUAUGGUGUUUUCUCUUUUCUUUUCUGUUGAGGAGAUUUUAAUAUCUUUGUUGAGCAUUUGUGUUCGAUAAAAUAAAAUGGCUUUAUGAAGCUUAACCAUUGUAGUGAUUCUUAAUUAUUCAUUUAUUAAGGAUCACUCGGUAAUUUCCUCCUUAUUCCGGGUAGCCUGUGUAUCGGAAUUUAGGGUUUGUGUUUCGGAUAUAAAAAGUUAAAAACCUAAUGUACUGGCCGCAGAACUUAAGAGAGAAGAG